AUGGCCGUCCCAGCCUACCACGAAUCCCUCCCAUACAUCGACCCCGAACCGACCCCCCAAGCCCUCUCCGCCGCCCACGCCCUCAUCUCCGCCGAACAACAAACCUUUUCCCCUCCCCCCGAAUCCUCCUCCUCAUCCGCCAAAGAACGAGAACCCUCCUUCUCACCCGCCAUCACCGCCGAAUUCACCCGCCUCGCCUCCAAACAACCCUCCCAGAUCCUCGACCUCUCCCGCUACGAAGCCCAAGACAUUCCCGCAAAAUCAAAAUCAUCACCCACAAACGUCGACGCGCUAAGAACCCCCCUAUCAAACGCCUUCGUCUCCUCCUCCUACCUCUCCUCCCGCGCCCAGAACCUCACGCUCCUCGACGCCCACGGCCGCAACGCCUGGCUCCUCUCAAACUACCACCUCGAGGACCAGCUGCGCAGCCUCGAGCGCGACCUGGCGGACACCAAACGCGACAUUGAUCUCGUCAAUGCCGCGCGCGCGUCUCGCCAAACCGACGUCAAAGCCGAGAUGCAAGGGCUGGAGCAGAACUGGCGCGUCGGCGUGGGCAGGGUUCUCGAGACUGAAAUCGCCGUCCAGGAGCUCAAGGAACAGAUCCGACAAGAGCUGAGGAACAAGGCCAAUGCUGCCGAAAAUCCUACACAAUAAGAGGGGAAAUAAGCAUUCCCAAUUACUUUGUUCUAUUUUCCCUUUUCUUUUUGUCUCUUCCUUUUUUGUUUUUCAGCUAUUGCAUUCUUUCUGUCUCUUCAAAGAUUGUGGAAAAUGGUCAACACAUAAUUACAGAGCAUAUAUGGGACUACAAUACACACAGGAGCACUACUGGCGUAUACAUCACCUUGACUAGUUAUAAGCAUAAAAUAAAAUAAUACACUGAC